AUGGCGCUGGAACACUGUGCUGCGGCGGAGUUGUACAUUAGCGCCUGCAAGCGCGAGCACGCGCAAAUCUCUGACGCCCUCGUACAGGCUCUAGACAGGGAUGUCAAGGCUGCUGCUCAUGGUCAAGGCUCCGUCCCGCUCAACGAUGUCGAUGUCCGCUGCAUCGCAGAGAUGAUCAGCACGCUCGGUGAUAACAACCAGCUGCGCGUACUGGUGCUGGAGGAGAACUCGUUUGGUCUGCCCGGCGUGACGGCGUUGAUGGAGGCGAUCGAAGACAACCCGAGCCACAUUCGCGAACUGCGCCUGGGCAAGAACAACCUCAAGGAUCAGGCGGCGGUGGUCAUUGGACACACGUUGUCCCGAAACGGGUGCGGCUUGAAGGUGUUGGACCUGUCCGAGAACAACAUCACGAAGCUGGGCGUUAUUCCGAUUGCGGCGGCACUGCAGCAGCCCUUUAGCGAAAUCGUAGAGCUCAGUUUCCACAACAACAAGAUCGAAUGCGACGCCGCUUUGUACCUCAGCCAGGCGCUGCGUGCAGCGCCAAAGUUGAAGCACCUCCAUCUCGGCUACAAUGCUCUGCGCGAUAACGGAGCCGCGCAGAUCGCACGCAGCCUCCCACACGCGUCGUGCCUCUCUACGCUGGAUCUUACCGCUAACCGCAUUAGCCGAGAGGGCGGUGAGGAGCUGGCACGGGCCCUUAUGACUCCCACUUGCACCGUGCAGCGCCUAAAUCUGCGCCACAACCAGCUGGAUAGCGAGACCAUCGUGCUCUUUGCCGACGUCAUUGCUCACAACACGUCGCUUAUUCAGCUCUUCCUAGGCUUCAUGAACCCCUCCCCUGAGGCGGCAGCCGCUGUGCUGUCAGCCAUCCCGCGGAAUAACACACUGCUCUUGCUGGACAUCUACGGGUGGAAGCUGAGCCCAAAGAACACGCCCGCUCUUAUUCGGGCAGUACAGGAGAACAACAGCACUCUCGCCGCACUCGUUACCGAUGCCUGCGAGUUUAUUGCGUCACAGGUGGAUGAGACCAAUGUGAUGCGGGAAGAGAAGCUCGACCUACACCCUGUCUAUGUGGGGCCCGACGACCGCGAUGCUUACUUGGCUACGAAGAGUCUGCGUCGCUACUCGCGCGCGCAGUCGCGCCGGCAGUCCCGCGCGCCCUCUCGUGUACAGUCCCGCGCGCCCUCUCGUGUACAGUCCCGCGCACCCUCUCGUGUACAGUCCCGCGCGCCCUCUCGUGUACAGUCCCGCGCGCCCUCUCGUGCGCAGUCCCGCACGAGGGCUGAUGGCCAGCCCGCCAGCCGCACCAACUCGUCGCACCGUCGCAGCGAACGCGACGGAAGUCGUCCGGCCAGCCGUUCGUCACGCACUGUGAGCCCGCCGGAGAGGCAGACUGCGCAGGAGCAGGCCCCGCUGCCCCAGCGUAGCUCUCCUCGCCACAGACAGCACAAGAGUGGCAGUCCACGCCGCCACCGCCAUCGUCAUGGCGAGAGAGUAGCGAUCGACCCCGCUCCAGCCACGAGUCCCAGCGUGCAGGCCCGAACGCCGCACGCUGUAGCGGUGUCCGAGCACACCGCAUCUCGCUCUCCCAGGUCUGCGGGAGAGCAUCUGCUCCUCGUGGCCUCCAAGAAGAUUGAUGAGAUUAUCGAUGCGUCGGUAAAUGAGCUGCAGGACACGCCGUGUGACCCGCACACAACGAGGAUGCUUAAGGCAGCUAUCAAGGCACAACAGAACACGAUCAAGCAACAGGGCGAGCAGAUCCAGGCGCUGACGGCCCGCGUGGAGGCUCUCGAGGGUCGCCGCGAGUGCCACUGCGGCAUCGGUGGGGGCGGCAAAAGUAGGGCCUCCAGCAGUUCUCAGCGUAGUGGCAGUCCGAGGAACCCAGGGCAGUUGACUGGGCACCGUUCGAAGCACGCUCUCUCAGCAGCAAGGCAGAGCAGCGCCAACGGAUCGGCUUAUCAGCCCACGAGCAACAAGGCUGGAUUGAGUGUCUACGGCAAGGCCGCCACUACGAACGCCGAGGGCAACGGAUCGUACGCGCAUUUCGGUCAGCAGUACCAGAUGCAGGCCACCACCACUGCCAACUCCUUUCAACGCUCUAUGAGCCGCAUGAGCCAAAACACCAGCAUCACGAUCGUGGAGCGGUGCACGACGCCGUACGUGUCGCAGGACGCACCUCCGGAUAUUGCGCACUCAAACGACGAGUCUGGUGAGCACCACCCGGAGGGCGUGGAGCUACAGCGAUCCGCGAUUAUCCAGACCUUUCCGCCUUGCAUCGAGCCGUCUCCGACGCAGGACCCCAACCCACCGCUUCGCAAGUCCGUCUCGCACGCCUUCUGA